AUGCCCAGCACGCCGGAGCACACCGGCUCGGCGGACGGCGCGCCGUUCCGUCCCGACGACGAGGGCAAGCGGUACGCCUCGCUGCUGCAGCAGGGCUACGACAUGUUGCCGGCGCGGCCCGUCUUCUUAGCGCACGCGUGCUUCGUCUGCAAGCGGCUGCACAGUAAGCAGUGUCGACUGAAGUCGUGCGGCAGCUGCCGGCUGGUGGCUUACUGCUCAGCUGAACACCAGCGCGCCCACUGGCCACUGCACCGCGCCCUUUGCAAGGUCGUCACCAAGCGCAUGCGCAAACUGGGCACCGACCAUCUGUACCGGGAGGCGUAUAACGUCACCAGCCACGAGGAGUGGAAGAAGGUCCGCUUCAAGCACAUGACCGUCUGCGAGGAGAUGCUGGGACGCCCGAUGGAGGCGUGUGAGAAGGAGAUGUUCCUGUACCCACGCGUCUGCGACACCUGCCGCGAGACGACCCCCGAGAAGCUGCACACCUGCCACCAGUGCCACUCGGUCAGCUACUGCUGCGAGGAACACCUGCGCAAGAACCACGCCAAGUUCUGUAAGGACUUGCGUCUGCUCGUCGACAUCCACUGCUACCAGAACGAGAACGGCGUGUGUGAUCCGCCGCUGCCGGACACCAUGCUGACCACCUACGAACCGCUGCCACCCAACAUCCGCGAGUUCCUCGUAGUUAGCAUGCUCGGCCCCGUCAAGGCGUACGGCAUGGGCGGCAUCGAGCUGGCCACGCUCUCCGAGAACGCCUCCUACCCGCUGACGCUACUGUACGCGCUGCAGAACAUCCCAGUGGCAGAGGAAGCCCACAUCAGCCAGCGCACCGAGCUCACCGUGCAUGUGGUGGGCGCUGAGUUCGCCGCCGAGUGCGACAGCAUCACCAAGUGGGACGUGUUCCUGCUGAACGUGCUGCCGCGUCUGCGGCGGCUGCACGUGGUGUUCGUGGGGCCCGAGCUGGAGGUGCCGGGCAGUCGGCCGGGUGUCACCGAAGAGGACUUCACCUGCCUGCCGUGCCGCGCCGCCGGCAAGAGCUUCACGUGCGAGUUCCAGCCGAGCACGUACUACCACACGUACUGCCGCAGCCCGCAGUUCCGACCGCCGCACGCCAUCUGCGCCUUCAACGCCGGCCUGUACCGCACGACGGGCCACGAGCGGCGCGACUCGUGGCGCGAGACGCUGCCGCACCUGGUGCCGGACGGCGUGCCGCUCGUGCUGACCGCCUACACCAUGCUCGAGUGCCCGCAGGACGUGGCGCGUAUCCAGCAGGAGCAGAAGGUGGACGUGCUGCUGCCGCCGAUGAAGAACCCCUACCGCAGCACGCGGCCCGCCCAGAACUUCCUCAACGAGCACGAGAGCCCGCUCAUCUACAAGAACCACGGCUUGCGGAGCAAGUUUUAG